UGAGGGGCCGCAAAGGCAAAAAACGUUAAAAACAAGUAUACAUAACAAAUUUACAGUGAUACGCAACGUAUGCACAUAUGUAUGUACAUUCCCUUUUAGUGAGGGAUAAAAGAAUACAUAAUAAAGACAGCGAAGAUUUGGAAAAUAUGACAAAGAACAAAAAUCAAAAGAAGAAGGCGGCGGCAGCAGCAGUCGCGAAAAAAAUGAACAACAAUAACAAUCCGCCGGAUGGCACUUUGACGCCGCCGGGAACGCCGCCUUCCAGCAAUGAAGUGGGAACGAAAACAACAACCGGUCCCGGCACCUAUCCCAAUGGAAUGGCUCGGAAGACGCCAGUGCCAUGGGAGCGCGAGUUUAUUGGAACGUUUCUGCUGGAAAUGGCCGAUCGACAGGUGAUCACUGCUCGGUCGGAGUGGUAUGUGGACAAGACGAAGAUGCGGCAAAUGUUUGAAGCUCACCUCGCAUCGCAGUCCAAGAGCGGUGAGGUGCGGCUAAAGCUUUCCAUCCAGGGAGCCUGGAAUAUCGGAUCUCUGCUGCAUCGGACCAACUUUCUGAUCAAUACGCCUCGUGGCAACAACAAUUAUCGCAUCAAGAACUUCGCCUUGAUGGAAUUUCGCAAGGAGAAGUUUAACUUGAUGGAUGAAAACCACCGUCAGCGGGAUGUCAGUGCGUCAACACUGACCACUAUUUCCGAAGGAGCUGGGGUAAAGGGUAAUGGUGGGGUCAUAACCGAAGAGUAUAAACUCGAUUCGAAGGCCCAGGCUACAAUAUUAAAAUACCAAAAGACCCAGGUACAGAUGCCGCCUACGGACUUUAAGCUGGGCUCCAUGGGCUGCUAUAUAUGCCAGGUAAACUUUGAGACCAUCGAGAAGUACGAGGAGCAUGUGGAGUAUCAUGGCGAUGAGUCAGAUUUUAAAUCACUUAAAAAUAUGGAGAAGCUCUCUUCCCCCAAACUGACACUGUCCUAUCAGACUUGCUUGGACAGUCACUACUUUGGUUUCACCCUAAAGACUGAAAUCAAAGAUUUGGUGAUAAACAAGUUCAUCAUUGUGCAGUUACGGCAGUUCUACUACGUGAACAAUGCACGUAUGCCGUUGGAGGUGUCAGAGAAAGGGGAACUGGUCUUCUUUGUGGACUCGCACGUCUUCAUGAUCCUUCGGGAGAUGCCGAUCGUAAUUGGGUUUACCUGCAAUGGAGUUAGGUAUGUGGAGCAGCACCACUUUAUGCGAACGGAGGCACUGCCCAAGGCCAGCUUUAACAUAAAUCCGUACCGGUUGUCCAGCAAUGAGACCUUCAAGAGUCAGCGUCUAGCUCCGGCCAAUCCGCCCACCGAGGUGGUGCAUGCCCUGAAGCACGACGAUGCUCAGGUGCGACUUGCCGAUUUUGACAAGCAUUAUCGCAACUUUUGCGAGCGGGGCAAGGACCUCACCCAGGAGAACAUUACCGGUACGCUGCGCACUUUGCUUCAAGUGGAGGACAUCGAACGGUUGCAGCAUUAUUUGGCUCUCAAGCAGUCCAAGAUGGAGCUGCAUCAGUUUGGGCGGGAGCUCUCGGUGAAGUUGCAGCAGAGCGCGAACAGUAUGAGCGUAGAGGAUAUUGUCUCGCCGGGCGACGAUGUCUUGAUUAUUAACGAACGUAGUAGUUCCGAGGGAGGUGUGCGGCAGCUGCUUGAGAGCAACAACCAGGUGCUGGAGCUGGCCCUCAAGGACUUCGACGCGAUCGUGCAGUGGGGCCGGAUGGUAGACGAACGGUUUGGAUCCUUGGACAAACCGCCCCGCGUCUACUUUGCGCGCAUCCUGGGCGUUUCGACGCAGCGUGUGAACAUCACAUGCGAACGCCAGCUGGCGGACAACACCACUUACACGCUGAUCUUCCGUCCGAUGAGAGCAGUGAUGCGCUACCAGUAUCGGGCUCUCCAGCAGUUAGCCUUGACUCGCGCCGAGGAUGUACAAAGGAUUCUCUUUCCCGGCGACAUUCCACGGGAGUCGGUACCAGUGGGUGCCAUAAAGCUGAACAACGGAAGGAUUGCGAGCAAUCCGGAGCAGAUGGAUGCUGUAAAGCAGAUAGCUUUCUGCAAAAAGCUCCCCGCUCCAUAUAUUGUAUUCGGACCGCCGGGAACCGGCAAGACCUCGACCAUAUGCGAGGCCAUCUACCAGCUGUACGUCAAUCGUCCGGAGACGAACAUUCUGGUACUGGCUGGCUCGAAUACGGCCUGCGACGAGGUUGCACUUCGGCUGCUCCAGGCGAUUGCUAAAGCUCCGGAGAGUCAACCACGUCCCUUGGCCCGUAUCUUUGCCGCCAGCUGCGAUCGACGCAUCGAUAAUAUUGACGACCUCCUGCUGGAGUACUCCAACAUGUACGCCGUCCACUUCUAUCCGGCCGUGCAGGCCUUGCAUCAGUAUCGCAUCGUGGUCUGCACUCUCAGUUUGGCCGGAAAGUUGUCAACGGGUGGAUUCGCUCGUGGCGAUAUCUUUUCGCAUGUGUUUCUAGAUGAAGCUGCCGCCUCGACAGAGGCAGAAGCACUGAUGGGCAUCACCUGCACCAUUUCGCCGUCGUCGAAUCUGAUCCUAUCCGGGGACCACAAGCAGCUGGGACCAGUGUUGCAGUCGCAGCGGGCCAGUGAAUGGGGUCUGGAUGUGUCCUUAUUCGAGAGGCUCUUGGAGAGAAAGUGCUACCAGGUAGAUAAGGACGGGAGCUACAACAAGGCCAUUCAAACGCGCCUAAUUCGCAACUUCCGCUCUCAUCCAGAGAUAGUUUCGCUAUACAGCGAGCUCUAUUACAAUGGAAAGCUUAAGGCUCAGGCUCCAAUGGAUGCUGUUUGUCGCUUCCAGACUUGGUUCCACACCCCCAAUGCCGAUUUUCCAAUCAUGUUCCAUUCGGUAUUUGGCACUGUGAUGAACACCAAAAGCUCCGUGAGUCUGUGCAACAACAAGGAAAUCGAUGCCGUCAUGGACUAUGUCAAGGAUCUCAUGUACUUUGGCUUAAACGGAGAGAAGGUUUCCCAAUCGGAUAUCGGAGUUAUAUCGCCCUAUAAGAGCCAGUAUCAACGCAUUCAGGAGCAGUUGAACAUGCGCAACUGGUCGCAGAUCGAUUGUGGGUCUGUGGAGCUGUUCCAGGGCAAGGAGAAGCAGGUGGUUAUAGUGUCCUUUGUGCGUUCCUUUACGCCCAAGCUGGGUUUUUUGAACAACCAACGGCGCCUGAAUGUCCUGCUCUCGCGUCCGAUGUCCCUGCUUAUUCUGAUCGGUAAUCCGCGAACGCUCAGCCAGAAUAACGAUUUCCGGCGAAUUAUUGAAAUGUGCCGUGAUCGCAAGACUCUGGUGGGAAUGCCAUACUUCCACGAGGAAGUUAAUUUCCAGAAUAAGCCGAAUCCCGUUCCCGGAGGCGCGCGUAGCGGAGCCGCUGGGGCUGCUGUUGAGCGACAGCAGCAGGCUGCAACACCGGCUGGCCUGGGACAGACCUUAAAGCGAACUGCUUCCAACACGAAGAACCCAGCACAGGCGGUUAGGCUGUUCUACAACAAGGAACAGUUGCUUAAACUAGGCAACGAGUCAAAGACUGCCGAUAAGACCGAGCUUGACAAGAUAUUUGACGAGUUGCCAAAGGUUCCAGGCCAGGGACCACGCUACGUUAACCACAACUGCGAUGCAACUCGUGCGGUGACGGCCCAAUUGAAGGAUUUAAAAUUGGGAAAACAGGGCCAGGAAAAAGGUUCAACUACCCAAACUCCGUCAAAGCAUCCAAAACCCUUGAAUCUACCGGUCAAUACGCCCUUUAGGCUGCCCUCAGACGAAAACACUCCAAACAAUAUAAUGCCUGUAUCGGCAUGCAGAGGCGAGCCAAAAUCAACGGUUGAGAAGGCCUCUAAGCCGAUCUCUAUAAAGGCAAUGCCGUCAAUCAGGAGCGAGCAACGCUACAUUAAUGGAGUUCCCUGUGGCAUUGAAGUGCCGUACCAGCCCAGUGCUCCACAAAUGUCGCCGCCAAAAACCACUUACAGUUACAUUCCAAGCGAGAAUCACCGUUUCGAAAAUAUGCGUCCCAUGUCCGAGGAAUACCGGCGCCCGCCGCCCUACUACGAGCACCACGGCAACUGGACCCAAAUCGAUUGGCCACCAACGCCGCCGCCUCGUGCGGAAAAGAAGUCGAAGUGUGUCAUUUCAUAAGAGUGUAGCUUCUUAGGAGAGUAGCUAUCUCCAAUCUAUGAGGAUUAUGCUGUUGCUUGGCCUUACAAGCAAUAGUGCGGUCCUCUUUUUGACUUUGCUAUUGGCAUUUGUGCGAUCUGCGAUCAUCCAUGCGCCAAUUAGCAAAACAACUUACCAAAUGGAUUUGCACUUGAUGUGCGCCCACGAGAAGACCAGAGACAGGCUGAAAGAGGAUCCUUCCUCCCUGAUCUGACCUUCUCGCUUUGCGCAAUCACAUGCUAAUGUUUUUGAUUCGAGCAUAGACAUGGAGCCCUCAAAGUGAACACUUUUCGGUUGCAAUUGCCCGCAGCGCAGCGUUUUCGGUUUAUAAUACGGAUGGUGACCGUCCAUUAUGGGUGGCCCACAUCUGUAUUGCAAACCGCAGACUAUGUGUGCGAUUAGUUUAUGACUGAGUGUUUAUUAUCUGUUUAAUUAUUUCCAUGGGUAAGGGAUCUUUUGAUUUAACUAAGUUCCUUCUCCGGCCAAUUAAUUUAUAUUCGGCACCAUUAAAGUUCUGUGACGGUUCCAUAUCUAUGUAUGACCAUGACUUAAAUAUAUUUUAUAUAAGUCAAAAAAAAAAAAAGACAUCUCUGAAUUAAGAGCCUAUAUGUUUAUCUUUCUGUGUAUUUAGUAUGAAAAAAAAGACAGUUUGAUUUCAAUAAAAAUUUCACAUUAUCCA